AAAAGAAAAAAAAGGGGGGGGGGGGGGGGCGUGAUCGAUUGGCGACUAGCCUGGUCCGGAAGAGGGAGUAUACUUCUCUGCAGCUAAUUCUCAAUGACUUCGGGCGUCCUGACGGCAUUUCGCAGUAUACCGCAGUGGGUUUUGUAUGGGCAUCAGUUUUGGGCCGUCAGAUUCUAUUUGUUUGUUUGUUUUCCCCAGGAAACAGUAAGGCCGGGGAGAUGUCACGAAACAAGACUAGAAGUAUGGACCAACGAAUGGUCCUUUGUCACGACAAGACGGUCUGGCAAGGCAAUUGUCAAGAGGCGGGAAUUUCUGCCAUCUUAACUAUCAUAAAGGGACCAGAGCCUUUAUGGCUCGUGAUACUGCCCUUGGUGGUAAUAAGUAGUAUUAAUUGCGUACAUAUGUGCUGUACACGUGUAGCUAUGAGAUGGUGGAUUUGCUCCCGACCCCCCC